GGGUGGACCGUUAAUGUGUGCUGUCCUCCCGGUAACUUCACUUCACAGAGCGAGAGAGAGAGAGAGAGAGAGAGAGAGAGGAGCGCUGAUUGGCUGGUCCGUGACUGCUCUGCCUCCGCGUGCCACACAGGGAGCUCCGCACGCGCAUAUAUUGGGUGCUCAGACUCACGCCUCCAAUUGUUUCCCGCUUCCCCUGAGGGCACGCGCUUCCCUGAUCAGCUUCAUAUAAUUUAUUUAAACACAGAGUCAAUGGCGGCGUCCGUACACAGCAGCUGCGUGUGGAUGCUGGUCCUGGGGGCUUGUGUGUCUAUGGUGGCGAGCUCAGACUGUGGGAAGGAGUGUGCACUUUGUGUGUACCGCCUGCUGGGACAACAGUCCGCCUUCUCCUCCCUGACAUGCUCACUGGAGUGUAAGGGUGGGUUGGACAGCCAGAAGCUCCGUCUGUGCCGGGACUUCCUGUUGGAGGAGGAGAACCCUCUCAAUCUGGACGCCGACCCCCACGAACAGCAAGAACAAGAUACCGCUGGCGCCCUCUCAAACAACGACGAAGGUGCAACAUCACCCGAACACCUGCUGGCCAAGAAGUAUGGUGGCUUCAUGAAGCGCUACGGCGGUUUCAUGUCCCGCCGCUCCUCCUCUCCUGAGGGGGCGCUUGAGGAGCCUGGAAACCAGGAUGAGGAAGAAAACAUUCGCCUGGAGAUCCUGAAGUUCCUGAACGCGGCCACAGAGCACGGCGGGGAGGGCGAGGGACAAGGGGGUGAGGAGGUGAAGAGGUACGGGGGAUUCAUGCGUCGGGGUGAAGAGGGGACAGCGCACAGCGACCUGCUAGAGGCGGUGCUGGGUAGGGGGUUGAAGAAGCGCUACGGAGGAUUCAUGAGGCGCGUGGGCCGGCCCGAGUGGCUUGUGGACAGCAGCAAGAGUGGGGGGGUGCUGAAAAGGGCGUGGGAGAGCAGCAGCGAGCUACAGAAGAGGUACGGGGGUUUCAUGGACUAGGACGCCACAAUUAUGAUCUUUCACACCCCUCCCCCCAACAGUCAAGCCCUGCCCCCCUCUCUUCAACCAAUCAUGUUGUAGUCUGGACUUGUUGCUGUUUAAAUCAACGUUCUGCCGAUCACGACUCAUCAUGGCUUCUAUGACAUGCCGCAGCCUUGUCCAUCUGUUCAGUUAUUGAUGAUGGCGAUAAA